UCACGUGGCUUUCGGAAAUAGCUCCAUGGCCUAUGUGAUUAUGUAUGGGAGAUGUAAUGUUCUCGCUGUCAGAUUACGUCUGAAGCUUGGUCAAGCACAGGAAUGUGAAGCAAUCAUGUGAAGGAACAAUUAAGUAUGAAGUUAAGGAAAUAUCUGAAAACUGUGAAUUUAGAACGAUGCAUCCUUUGUCUGGGAGCAGCCUCAUUUCUUGUGUGGAUAAUUUUAGGUAUGUAUUUCUUGCCCCAAAAUCACGCCACUCAAGAACCUGGUCGACAUUCUGGACGUCACCAGUGGAGGAUAUUUAGGGAAGAUGAUCCAAACCCACUCCUUCAGAAACGCCCACCAUUGCUGUUUGAAAAAUUGUCUGAGAAAGAAAGACAAACCCAUUCACCCCCAAAGGCAGACAAGCAGACACCAUAUUUGAAAAAACAAGAUGGCAGCAAGGGAGCAUCUGUUAAGGAGAAAUUGGAGCAAAUCCACAAGAAGAAACUUAAUGAAGCUGGAUUUAAAGUUGACACCAAGGGAUCAGAGACAUUGCGGGAUCAGCCGAUCGUUAACUCUGACAAUAAACAUAAUCCAGUGCUUAAUAAACUCCUCCAUUUACACCAAAACAAGCUCAACAAAGCUGGCUUUGACGUUCAGUUCAAUCAAGGAAAUGCUCCCAAACUGGCUGGCUUGGACUUACCAAUGAUAAAUUAUAACGUCCACUUAUUUUACUAUCCCUGGUACGGUAAUCCACAAACAGAUGGGAAAUAUUUUCACUGGAAUCACAGGUUUCUCCCGCACUGGAAUAAAGCAGAAAUGGUGAAAUGGCCCCUUGGGAUACACAAGCCACCUGAUGACAUUGGCGCCAACUUCUACCCAUCUCUCGGUCCCUACAGCUCUGGUGAUCCUGAGGUGGUUGAAAAACACAUGAGUGAGAUACGGAGCACAGGAGCAGGAGUGGUGUCGGUGUCCUGGUACCCCCCAAGUGAUGCAGAUGAGGAGGGGAUACCCCCCGACCGACUCAUCCCACUCAUCAUGGAGAAAGCCAACAAGUUCAGUCUGAAGGUGACAUUCCACAUCGAGCCCUACAAGAACAGAAGCCAGCUGACACUGCGAGCAGAUCUCCAGUACAUCCUGAACACAUACGGUCAGCACCCCGCCUUCUUCAGGAUGAUGCACAAAGGGAGGCAACUCCCGUUAUAUUACAUCUACGAUUCCUACCUAGUUCCAGCCAAAGACUGGGCUAAAGUGUUCAGUCCUAAAGGGGAACUGACGGUGCGUGGAACAGAUCUUGAUGGUGUCUUCGUUGGCUUGAUCGUUGAGAAGCGACACAGAGAAGACAUUGUCACGGGAGGCUUUGAUGGCUAUUAUACGUACUUUGCAAGUAAUGGAUUUACUUACGGCAGCACAUGGAGGAAUUGGGGAAUCAUACAAGCCUUUGCCAAGGCAAAGGGUCUUCUGUUUAUACCCAGUGUUGGUCCUGGGUAUGUCGAUACACGAGUGAGGCCUUGGAACAGUAUAAGUACCAAGAGCAGAGAUCACGGGAAAUAUUACGAAAUGUCCUUUGAAGCUGCCGUUAAUGUUAACCCAUCUCUUAUUUCAGUAACUUCCUAUAAUGAAUGGCAUGAGGGCACGCAGAUAGAAUCAGCCGUUCCUAAAAGAAGUGACAAUUAUAUCUAUGAUGAUUAUGCACCAGGAGGUCCACGGUAUUAUCUUGACCUGACAAAGAAAUGGAUUGCACACUACUCAAAGAGAAAGAAAACAGAUCUUUGAUAGUUGAUACAUUUGUUUUGUUUGUCUAUUUUAAAUUAUGACCAUUGUGAUUUUAUAUUUGUAUCUGUUGGGGGAAAGGGUUAUGAGUGUAUUUUGUUAUGAAUGUAUUAAUUUUAUUGAAAUGUCUCAGGAUCUGGUCUGUGAUAUCUUGUAAUGUUAUUCCGAAUCUAACUAUUGAAUCCUCUGUGAUCAUGCUAUGCUGUGUUACAGUUGCACAAGGUGCCACAAUUUGCUGUGUGGAGUUGUGUCCCUUAGUUGUGCCUGAACCUGCUGAUAAUAGGUUAGAAUCCGAAAUUUGUCCUGAUUAAGAUCCUUGAUUUGUCAGCACAAUGCAUGUCAUCCUGUAGGAGCACCUAGUCCAGCUAUAUUUGUGUGGACAAAGCAAGGCUUCCAGGUCCUGCGCUGGUUUUUGUGUUUCAUAUUACUAAACCAUACUAAACCAAUGCCAAUCUUCUCUUGCAAUAGCUGCUAAUCAAACUAGUUCUCUUGAACUUCCUGUUUAUUGAGGGUAAGAUGUGGUACAUAUAGCUCUGUAUUUGUUAAUUCCAGGAAUGACAGUUAUAUUAAUAACCACAGUUCCUGUAUCAUUGUUUGUUCAGCUUCAUCUGAGUGAAAGUGUUGGACUUACGGAUGCUUCUGUACUGACUGACUGACUGUUUUUUUUACUGAUUGGUUGUUCAUCCGAUGUGGUGAUGGGAUUGUCUGGGGGGAGAGAGAGUGAGUGAGUGCAUGUGUGCGUGCGUCUGUGUCUGUCAUCUGUGGCUAUUGUUUUUGUGUACAUCAGUAUGUACAAUUAUUCAGAACAGAACAAAAUUGAUCUUGUUUUAUGA